AUGGGAGGCUUGUAUCAGGUGCCAGCAAAGCGUAACGGUGGAGCUUCGGGUGCACUGCAGAGCAGCACUGCAGGCAAGCCGAAGUUGAAAGUAUUCGCGGAUGCAGACGACGAGCAGAGCAACAGACCUGUCAAGGAAGAAGUCCCACUCCGAGAGCCAAUGCGACCUCUUGUCGGCAGGGAGAACGAGAACCUCGAGGGAUUUGAGCGCCCAAAUACCAAGAAGAACCGAGCUGCGAUUAAGGCGGAGGAAGAAGCCAGGGAGGCAGCAAGAGUUGCCGAAGCCACGAAGAGCAACAUCGCUGUGGACUGGAACGCGACCAAGGCAGCACGCACCUUGGCUGCUAAGGCCAAGAAGUACAUCAAGGAUUUGAGCAAUGGCGGCAAGACCAAUGCUACUGGUCCAGGUCGUCAACAAGGUCGUGGUGGUCGUAGCCACAAAGUCAUCGGCCAGAAUGGCGUGAAGACCGUCCCCGAUGUUGACAUCGAUCCCAAGACCGUCAAGUACGGCGUCAAGCUGACCGAUCAGAAGGUUGGCGACUUCGUAUGGCGCGACGACUUGAAGCCCCAUGUCCCAUUCAAGGGUCAGGAAGACUGGCGCAUUGUCAAAAUCGACGGACGUGAGUUCUACAACAAGGGCCGCUUCUGGGUCAUCGUCGCUGCACAUAGGGACAAGGUCGCCGAGUGCCCGGUCUACACGUACAAGAGUAAGGGUCUCGCGGAGAAAGAUCCCAAGUACUGUAACCCUGAGGAGUAUCUCAACCUCCGCCCUCAGCACUGCGAGAACUACCAGAAGCAAGUCAAGAGUAUGCCGGUUCUGCAAGUCAUGUCUCAGACACUCGAGCCUAAGCCUAUCGACAGCCCGGUCAUGAUUGUCCACUUCUGUGAGGUUCAGACCAGGGAGCUCAACCGUUAUGAGCUGCAGAAGAGCGGGAGGAUGACUGCCGAUAGCAUCGCAAUUUUGAAGAAGUAUGUUCACCGGGGCCAGGACAUGAUCUAUGGCCCGGCGGAGGAGGAUGUCGAGGAGCAGGAUUAG